UCCAUCCCCAGUCCAGGCUAAGCCCCUGGCCAUAGCGCUGCAGACUCCAUCCAGUCCUUAUUUAUUGUUCUGGCAGACCCUCGGCCGCUGCAUUCCAGUCCCUUCCUCUGCCCACCCAAGCACGACAAACAAAACAAAGACUCUCGCUUUCUGUGUGUGUUUUGGUUCCCCCGCGGGUGCGUCACUCGUUCAUCGCAUCUCGCCGUCGUUGUCGUUGUCGAUAAUCGAUUUUUUUUCUUUCUUUCUCUUUUUCCACCCGACUGCUCGUUGCAUCAAUCGUUUUGUGCGAGGAGAAAAAGAGCUGCGCGCGCGCAUUAAUUCGACACCCAGUCCCAACGAUCGCUCUCUGGCGUGACACACGCAGCAUCAAAAUCCGAUAUCGCUCGCUUUCGCACAGCAAAACACAGCCACGCGCGCGAUUGAACCAGAUCGAAUCGAAUCAGCUCGAAAAUGCUAAAGUCUGCUGCGUUGGCCGCGCUUCUGGGCGCUGGGGCUGCCCUGGCGGGUAGCACGACGUGCUCGCUCACCAACAAGUGCCCCAAGGAGGCUCCCUGCUGCUCCCAAUAUGGCGAGUGCGGUGUUGGCGCCUACUGCCUCGGCGGCUGCGAUCCCCGAAUGUCCUUCUCGCUCGACUCGUGCACCCCCGAGCCCGUCUGCAAGUCCAAGACCAUGACCUUCGACUCCAAGCUCUCCAGCGUCGCCGACAUCAGCGAUUACCUCGGUGACCCGUCCACCGCCGACUGGGUCUCCCAGGGAGAGCCCACCUACUACAACGGCAACGUCCUGCUGACCAUGCCUAAGAACAGCGUCGGCACCGUCAUGGCCACCACCGAGUACAUGUGGUACGGCAAUGUCAAGGCCCGGUUCAAGACCAGCCGCGGCAAGGGUGUCGUCACUGCCUUUAUCCUGCUUUCCGACGUCAAGGACGAGAUUGACUACGAGUUUGUCGGCGUCGAUCUGGGCACCGCGCAGACCAACUGGUACUUCCAGGGCAUCCCCGACUACGACAACUCUGGCAACAUCACCUCCCUCUCAGACACCUUCAACAACUACCACGACUACGAAAUCAGAUGGACCCCCGACAACAUCCAGUGGCUCGUCGAUGGCAAGGUCGGCCGCACCGUCAACCGCAAGGACCACUGGAACGCCACCUCCAACCAGUGGUCUUUCCCCCAGACACCUUCUCGUGUCCAAAUCUCCAUCUGGCCUGGUGGUCUGGCCAGCAACGCCCCCGGAACCAUUGCUUGGGCCGGUGGUGAGAUUGACUGGAACGCUCCCGAUAUCCAAAAGGCCGGCUACUUCUACGCCACCUUUGAGUCCGUCACCGUCGAGUGCUACAACGCCACUUCGGGACUUGGAACCAGCACCGGCACCAGCUACACCUACAACAACAUUGCUGGCACCAACAACACCGUCAUCGACGGCAACAAGCGCACCAACCUGGCUUCCCUGGAGGGUACUGGUACCGACAUGGAUGCUGGCAAGCCUGACACUUCCUCGGCUGCUUCGUCUGCCUCGUCUUCCUCAGGUUCUGCCACCAAGACUGGCAGCAGUAGCUCCAAGAACACCCAGGCCCAGAUCCCAGGUGGAAGUAACGGUUCCUCUGGCCAGGUUCCUGGUGGCAGCAACGGAUCCGGCGGCAGCAACAGUGGCAGCGGCUCUGGCGGUAGCUCUGGCGGUAGCUCUGGCAGCGGCUCUGGCAGCGGUUCUGGCGGCAGUGCCCCUGCCGACACUUCCAGCUGCUCGUCCUCCAGCUUUAACCAAGACUGCAGCGACAGCAGCAGCAGCAAUAACAAGAGUGGCAAGAACGCUGGUUCUCAGGCUGGUGUGAGCUCCCUGGCCAUGAUCCUGGCCGGUGCUGCGCUGUUUUUGUUUUAAGUUGGGAAAUACGGUACUAAUACGCAAGGUAGUCUGAAUGACUAGGGUUGUUUUGCUGUUACUUCUUUCUAUUUCUUUGCCGGGUUCAUAUUAAUUUUCUUUUUCCAAGAUACACACCUCAUUCGUUGGUGGCUUUGACGUGUUUUAUGCAUUAUUUUGAAGAUUAAGUACGCGGAUGGAUGUGCGAAUGAUAAUGAGACUGAGGAGGAGAUGAGAAGCUAUGAGGUGGGCGGCAGGGCCCUUAAUAUGGGAUGCAGUGGGAGAGGCUGUGUUGUAUUUAGGAGAGAAUGCAGUUGUAUUUAACGGGCGACCUGAGUCUAUUACAUGAAUGUGCUUGUGCGUGAUUGGUGAGGCUGAUGUGCUGUCACUGCUUAAGUGAGCUGGCUAUUCUAGUAUGCUUACCACCGGCUAGUAUUAUACUAUCUCGCUAUUUACAUUUAAUCUAUACAACCAAAACUAGUCAAUACGAGCUGCU